AUGAACGACGAUACAACUUUACUGGAGCAAAUUCGCGUUCAAAAGCGUAAUGAACUGAAAUGGGAUCAAAAAACUCACCGUAAGAAAGAGCUCGAUCGAAACCGGGCUGGUUUGGGAGAGCUGCACCAUUCGUUCGCAGCAAUAGAGCCAAUUUCCGAGCAGGAAAUAAAAGGACUCGCCGGCCGAAUCAAACGCAGGAAACGUUGUGAUCCGUUGGAUCUAGUGCGGCUUAGCUACGGUUUUCAGCAAAGCCGAGAAAAUAUUUCCCAUUUCAUUCGUAUCACCGGUGCGAUUAAUGUAAUCGUUAAGGAACUAACGGGGCACGAUUAUAAUCUGCAGCUUCUGGCCGCGGAAUGUCUCUGCAAUCUGUCACUGGGGGAUGAGGUAUGUUGCGAAAAGAUUGCCAACUUCGCCGGCACAUACCUUAUUGCCGUCAGCGAAAACCCCAAUUGUCGACCAUUACAACAAACGUGCCUGUGGACGAUUCAGAAUAUAGUCGGUUCCAGUCCUAAGGGAAGUGAGGUGCUUUUUUCCCAAGGACUGGUCGAGGUUUUGAUUCGUUUGCUGUCGGCAGUUACCAUCGAUGAAGCCGCCGAAGACAUCAUGUUAACACUGGAACUCGCUCUCAACUAUGAAACAGAAUCGAAACCUACCACGCUCACGCAAAUCGCACAAUGCUUUGUUGGGAAGGAGCUUCAGCCAAGUAGCCUUCGUUUGCUCUACAAAUGUUAUAGCGUAAUGGCAACCGAAUCAUUACUGCACGCCUCCUCCGGCCACAUAAUUCGACAAUGCUUGAAUUUUUUGUCAACCGUUACGAGACCUCAUAUUCGAUCGCAGGCAGCUCCGAUUCUUCUGUGCAUACGCAUUCUUGCCCAUCACGUUGUGGCAAGUUCCAACUAUAUCGAUGUAAUACUUCGAUAUCUGUUACAGAUUAACUCGUUAAAAUUCUCGGUGCUCUUUAACGAAUGCGCAGCGGAAGGCAUGAUACCAAUUUGCAAAGAAUUUCUGUGGUUUCUUGGGCAGCUUCACUGCCAUGGUGGAAAUGACGAAUUAGAACUGUUUAAAUCGUAUCUCAUGUUCGACAAUUUCGUAGAACAGUUGUCCGUUCCGGAAGCACUACUGUAA